CGGCAGAGUCCAGAGUGACCUGGGAGAGUCCCGAGAGAGCGCCCAGAGAGAGAGAGCCGAGGGAGCAGAGGAAUGGAGACUAAAGCAGUGAAGGAGAAGAGCCUGGAGGACGGACGGGCCGCCAUGGCGGCGUGCUACCAGGGGUUCGAUCCUGCGGCCUACCUGCAGUACAACUACACGCCGCCGCGAGCAGACUUCUGCCGCCGCGACAGCAUCGUACCCUGGAAGCUGGGCUGCCUGCACCGCGCCUUCACAGAAGAGGACAUCACGGGGGGGGUCCUGGUGGACGUGGGCUCCGGCCCCACGCUGUACCAGGUCCUGAGCGGCUGUGAGGUCUUCGAGCGCCUGGUGCUCACGGACUUCCUGGAGGUGAACCGUCGGGAGCUGAGGGGCUGGCUGCAGGAGCAGGGGAAGAGCAGCCUGGACUGGACCCCCUACCUCCAGCACGUCUGCAAGCUGGAGGGACGCGGAGUGUCGGCGUGGAGUGAGAAGGCGGCCCGUCUGCGGGCGGUGGUGUCCGACGUGCUGCCCAUCGACGUGCACUGCCCCCAGCCCCUGGCCCCGGGGGCCCUCCCCUCUCCGGGGGCCGACUGCCUGGUGUCCAGCUUCUGCCUGGAGAGCGUGAGCCCCGACCUGGACGCCUUCACGCGGGCCCUGGGCCACAUCGGGGGCCUGCUGCGGCCCGGGGGCCACCUGCUGCUCAUCGGGGCCCUGGGGGAGAGCUUCUACCUGGGGGGCCCCGGGGUGCAGAUCCCCGUGGUGCCCCUGGACGAGGCCCAGGUGUGCGGCAGCCUGAGGGAGAGCGGCUACACCCUGAUCCGGAUGGAGGUGUACACCCUGCCGCCGGACAUGAGGGUGGGCGUCGACGACGUCAGCGGCAUCUUCUUCGUCAAGGCCAGGAAGGACUGAGGUCAGAGGUCGACUGGGGGCCGACCCCUACUCUGUGUCGAGGUCUCUGGACAGGGAGGGGGGCAGAGGGAGGAGUGGAAGGCCGUUGGAUUGUAGCAUAAGAUCUAUAUAUUAAGAAAGAAAGAGAUGAGUGGAUUUAAGAAGUAAGGACUAUAUCAAGCUACUAGUUGUAGGUAGUAAGUUAGGUUGUUGGUUAGUCUGUGUUUUUCGUUGUUUUUUAACACACGAAAAUGUAGUUUUUCAGUAUAUGCGUUUGUAUCAGUGUGGUGUUUUUUUGUUGAUAAUGAGGCUUACAUCAAUGAAUCUCUUCAUUACUGGGCAGAGUUUUUUUCCCAAAGUAAAUAGAGUAUUUCUCCACAACCGGAAGGGCUACAACAUCUAAUCUUGGCACAAAAGGAAAAUAACAACUGUGAGAUUGUUGUGCAUGCUAAAUAAUCAAUGUGGAUGCUUGGUUAGAGUGAAUAAAGCUAAAACACAGCAUCAUUCCAAGAUUUCAUUUCCAUCUGAAAUGCAUUUCAUGUUUUUGAAUACCACCUCGUGCAUAUCAUUUGGUAGCAUCAUAGCACAACACCGGAUGUUUACCUGGGUCAAUAUGAGGCCAAAAGUGAAGUGGAGCAAUCAGUCCAGAGUAGGUCCAGGUGGAAUCGCCAAAUGAAAAUAAUAAAUCCAAUGCCAACAAAUGCAAAUCAGUCAAUAUAACCUUGAUAUGACACAAAAAGGUUGAUAUCAUGAGAACGCAUUGUAUAAUUUGAAUGACACCUGUAAUGACACCAAGCCAUUGCAAAAGCAAACAAUCGCAAUCGCACCAUACAGCGACUAGUCUGGGACAAAGAACGUGUGGUCUGAAUGAAGGCAUUGACCUAUUUCUUGUGAAACCCUCCCUUAGCUCCUAUACAUUGAUUUUAAACACUGUGUUUGGUCGCAAAAAGGGAAGAAAUCAUUUUGGUUGUAGUUUUAGUCAAAGAGAUUUAUAGUUUAUUCUGUAGGAAUCAGUGGACUUUCAGCUUUCAUAUGAUAUAUCUAGGUUGAUCACAUGGCAUGAAAAAUAUCUCUAUGCUGUGCAUGUGGACCGUUAUAAUAUACAUAACUCUUGUUGUUACAUGCUUCUUAUAUUGUUUGAGGUUGGAAUUGUCAUUUGUUUAAUCGGCAAUGGUUAUGACAAUAAAGUAAUUAAAGUGGUGAA